AUGCUCCAACAACACAACGGUGAUCAUCAGAUACAGUUGAAUGACCAUCCUGCCGGCCAAAAUCAUCCCAAACAAAUCAUCGCCGGCGGCGUCGGUGGUUUUCAUCUCCCUCAGGGACAUGCCCCUGGCUUAAUAAUCCAACAAGAAGGUGAUCAUCAUCAUCCUCCUCCACCAAGAGCUCCGAUCGCAUGGGGUCCAAGAUAUAAGUUUGUUCAACAAGAAGGGCCCUUUCGAGGACCCAUGCGUUACAUUCCUAGACUUGGUAUCGUGGCUCCAAGCUCAUUCACUGGAGCAGCAAGAUUUAAUAUUGUUCAAGAGCCUUUCAUUGCCGGCCAACAGCCUUCUCUUGCGCCUCCCUCCGAGGGGUCGUCAAGACGUGGACGUGGUCGUGGUCGUGGUCGUCCACCGGGUUCCCGUGGUAGAAGUCUGGUAGACUUCGGCGGCCACCAGCCUUCUCAGGCGGCUCCCGCCGAAGGUUCAUCAAGACGUGGACGUGGACGUGGUCGUCCACUGGGUUCUCGAGGGUCGUCCCGUGGCAGAAGUCAAGUGGAUUCCGGCUACCAGUUGCCUUCUCAGGUCGCUCCCUUUGCUGGAUCACCAAGACGUGGACGUGGUCGUCCACCGGCUGCUGGACGGCCGGCACGUGGCAAAACUGAUCAGGUGGAUUCCGGUGGAGUUGGUCGUCAUCCACAGAGAGGUCGAGGUCGUCCACGGGGCGGUCGAAAGAGGCAGGGCGGCGUUGAUGAUGAUGGAUCCCCUGGUGGGAAACGUGCGAAGCAUGACUUCAGCGACCCAUCAUCGGCGGCAUAG